AUGAGUUUAGAAGAUCCUCCAAGUUCCGAUGACGAAGUUGUUUCUAUGGACCUUGAUAGUGACUCAUCACCAGACUAUGACGUCAAUAAAAGUCAGGACGAAACAAACAAAACAUGUGAUAUAAAAUCUAUAAAAUCUAAAGAUAAUCAGCCUUUAGAAGAAAAGUCUAAAGAGCAGGUAGAACAGGUGCCACCAGUAAAAAACUCUCAAGGCGCAGAGAAUGAAUUAGAAGCAGAAAUAGUUAAAAUGAGUUUAGAUUCAGAUUCUUCUAAUGUUCGUCAAUUGAAACCAUUGCGACCGAUUUCCUUCCGAUCAUCGGAAUUAACAUCAAUAUCACCGUCAGCACCAUCAAUACCGUCAACAUUAUCAGUAUCGUCUCUCGUUCUAAAUCAAGAACAAUUUCGAUCAUCACAUUCAUCUUUGAUUUUUCAACAAUCUUCACAACAAACGAUAAAUAAUCUUAAAAAUAUUGAGGAAAAAGAAAAGCAAAAAUUAUGUGAAGUGCAUUCGCAUCGUGUUAAUAAUUUGAAUAAUGUGAAUAUCGAGAAUAAUGAUAAUAAAACGAAUGUGAAUGACAAAAUUUAUCAUUGGCCUCCUCAAACACCUUUUAAUAUUAAAUUUAAAAUAUUGAAAAAUUUAGAAAACGGUUCUACUAAUGAUAAAGAUGAUUCAUCAGAAUUAUCAGAAUAUGAAACAGCUCAAAAUGCUUAUGCUGCAUACAAAAGUUUGGAAAGAGUUAUUCCUGAGGGAAUUGUAAUAAAAAUUACUCCACUUGAAUCCGAAAAAUGGAAUACGGUAGCUGAAAUGAUGGAAUCAUCUCUAGAAGAAGGCGAAAUUAGAGAUGAUGAUGAUAUUUCAAGUAAAUUUACUGGUGUUAAUCAAAACGAAUCUUUAGAAAAAGGUAAUUUACGAUCUUAUUUAUCAGAUGACGAAUUUUAUUAUAAUGGUGGAGAUGAAUAUGAUGAAUCAAUGGAAGAUGAAGAUUAUGUAGAAACAUCGAAUAUGUGGGAUUAUGAUAGUCCGGGAAAGGUACAUAAUACUAGAAGUAAAAAGAAACUUAAUGCAAAUCUAAAUAAAAAAAAAGAUAAACUCACUUCUGGUCAACUCAAGCCAAACCAUGAAGAAAACUGUGAAUCAUUAACCGCCACCAAUAAAAUAAGAACAUUGAAGCCAAGUAAAUGUAAAGGAAAAACCGAAAGAAAAGUAAAAUUUGAAUGGCCAUUGAAUGCAUUUGGAAUUUUCUGUUCAGAACGGUAUAAACGAUUAACUUCAGAUGAAGAAAUUUCCGCUGUUCAAUUUUUUAAAGCUGCAUCUGAAGAAUGGACAAGUUUGAUAAAUUCUGAACGAGAGGAAUAUGAGCAAAAGAGACGUGAUUUAGUUAUGCAAAAUAGACAAAUAGGGAAUGAAAAAUCUUAG